UCCGUCGUCAUCUCCCCUCCAGCACAUGCAAUGGCCACACUCAACGUCGCCAUCAUAGGUGGCGGCCCUGCUGGACUCGGCGCAGCCAUAGCGUUGUCACGCAUCCCUAACGUGAACUGGAAUCUCUAUGAAAAGAAGCCCGAGAUCAGCGAGAUCAGCAAUGGCCUGACGCUACAGCCGACGACCUGGAGGAUGCUGGAGGCAUUCGGAGCCGCCCAUCUCCUUCAACCCGACGAUUUUUUCCGACCGGAGGGGGGCCACAGAACAGAGCACCGCAACGGGAGGACAGGCGUUCUCGUCAAGAUUGGAGAUGUAGGACACAGCGUCCCCCCUCAUCAGGAUGCGUGCAGGAUUCACCGGGCCAAGCUUCAGAAUGCUCUGCGGAGUCAGGUGGAGGAGGGACGUAUAUGGGUUAGCCGCAAACUUGUGUCGGUCCAGAACCUCCCCUCUGGAAAGGUUCAUAUCGAAUUCGAGGACGGGCACAGCGACGACGUGGACCUCUUGGUCGGCGCUGACGGUAUCAGAUCUGUCGUGCGUCGAUUCGCCUUCCCAGAUUACACCAUCGGAUACACGGGGAGCACGGCUUACCGCACCCUCGUGAGUGCAUCCGAAGCCUCCAAGAUCAACGGGCUGCCGCGACAGCCCAUCUUCUGGCACGGCACGGAUGGAAAAUGGGCUUACACCUGCCCUCUGGGUGGAGACGACUGGGAGAUCACCUGCUCCGUCAAGGAGCCCGACGGCGACGCGCGGAGUAGCUGGGGGAAGAAGGGCAAUCUGCAGCACUUUGUCAGCCUCUUCUCCGAGAUGUGUACGCCGAUGCAGAGACUCCUCGGGCUGGCAACCUACGUAGAGCAGUACGACUACUUUGCGGGCUCCCGCAUCGACACCGUCGUCAGCCAGGACAGCAUAGCUCUCAUCGGCGAUGCCUCGCACCCCCUUUCAGGAGCGUUCGGGGCCGGUGCCGGCUUUGCGCUCGAGGACGCAUAUGUCCUGGGACGGGCCGUCAGCUGGGCUGCAGAGGAGGGCCGACCGCUCGGCGAGGCGCUCCGGAUCCUCGACGACGUUCGCUCUCCGCAUUACAAAGCUUUAUAUGAAGUACUCGAUGAAUUCGCAAAGGUUGAGAAGGAUCUCCGCUCUCGCUCACCAAGGCUAGACGCUUCAAGUGAGAUAGAUGAGCGUAUUUCUGGAAGAUGGAGUGCAAACAGUGGGUGGAUGCAUCAUUACAGAGUACGUCGAUCCACGAUAGAACCUCUUCUCGAUUUCUCGUCCUAA